CUGCCCAGACUCACGACAUGAGCUCCCCCGACGAGGUGUCUGUUUCGGGGGCGGGUUUCAGCCCGGAGGGAGGGGAGCGGGCCGGCGUCCGCCCAGCCGAGCCCCGCGCCCCGCGGGCACCCGGUCUAGGCCGUGAUUUGGGGGCGCCGCGGAGGGCUGAGGGCGAGGGCGGGUUCCCAGACCCCGAGGGCUUGGAGUCCGAGCAGCAGGUGAUGGAAGCGGGAGGGCCGGUGCUCUGGGGCCGCCAAGGCCGCCGUAGUUCCCUGGCCGAUGACAAGGGGGACGCUGUGGACUCCGCGUCCCGCCUGGCUCACCAGUCCGCGGUGAACGUGGUGCAGCAGCUGGCCGAGUGGGCUGUCCGGAGCGUCUGGAGAAACCCGUCCCCGGAGAGCGGCGCGGGCCUCGAGGCAGGUGCCAGCGGCCGAGGCGCGCCUGCCCUUAGCUGUGUGCAGUCGCAGCCGGCUCCUGCCGCCCCUCUCCAUCUCGGUGGGCCAGAGGGAGGCCGGGCCUGGGGGAACCCUAAAAGGGGCAGCAGGAGCAGGAUGAUGGGCACUGCGGGUCGCCUGCGGCCCUCCGCGGAAGGCCCGCUCAGGCUGCCUUCUGACUCCAAGUCAUCAGACGAGUUCAGUGAGACACAGCUGAUGAGGCUGACCCUUUACCCCAAAGAAGGAGGCCAAGCCAAGCCCAGCAGCCCAGAGGAUCCCGGGGACACACCCAGACACUGCAGUUUCCAUGCCAGGGAGAAUUUCCCCCAUGUGCCAGGCCCUUUCCCGUCCUCCAAUGCCCGAGCAUUCACCUUGGCUGUGCAAAGGCAGGCUGUUGGAGAGCUGGACUUCUCUUCCUCCAAGAAAAUGCAAAGUGUGGUCUGGGGCAAGGUGGGGAGCAGGCCCAGCUACCCGGAAGCUGGUGCUGCUGGAGGCGGCGUGGCCUGGGCCACUCCUCCGAGGAAGGCAACCCAAGAGAAGGAAUCCCUAGGGGAUGCCUCACAAGUUGCCCAGGGGAGAAUCUUUCCUGCCUGGGGGCAGAGAGUCUCGGCAGCUCGCCUGGAUCCAGCCACAUUCCCUCCAAUCUGUGGUGUUCCGCUGCUUGGGAGGUCCAAGAAGUAUUCCUUGGCCCGUGCGGGAACCAAGCAGUCCAAGCACACCGGCACUGGGAAGAAAUCAGUGGCCAGGAGGACAAGGGAGUCCGAGCUGGUGGUGGCGGCGGGAGAAGAUAAUGACCCAAACAGAGACCCAGCCCCACAGGGACAACUCCCAGCACACAGGCCAGGGCCAUGUUGUCCGUGCAAGCACCGUGGAGAAGGCAGCCGUGGCGACCUCAACAACGGAGCCUGCCAAGUUCGGGGAAAGUCACAGCCCUUGGCCCUGAGCCAGGGAGAUGUCAUGCCCAGAGGGCCCGCAGCCUCCGAGGGUGGUGCUGCCUCACUUUCCACUUCCCUGGGAGCCUUGGACGCUGGAUUUCCUGUUCUUUCCCUCUCAGGUGACCAGGAGCCACUUCACCAUCCUCCAAGACCCAAAAGGCAGCAGCAACCACCUGGAGCUCAGGGCUGUCGUCGGUGUCUCAUGCUACAGAGAGAAGUAGACGACCUGAAAGAGCAACUUGCCGCCAUGCAGUCCCUGGUUGACAAGUUCCAGAGCCUUUCAAGUUGAGCCAGCAUCUUCCUACAAGAGAAGUAGCUGGUACCUUUGGAGCCUGGGAGCUGUGGCCAAGCUGGUUCCCUCCUGUUGUACCUCAGCCAGGGCUUCCUCUCCCCUUUCUUUGCCCCCUCCCCAGCCCAGUUCACGGCA